AUUCCUGCGGGACGGAAAUGACGGAAGCAUAGCCGGCAGAGGCAGAGGCGAUUUUAAAACGGUGCUAGCGUGCUAGUGCCAGAUAACCGUUGCUGGAUCGAUGAGUUCCAUCUCCAGAACCUGCAAUCUUCCUGGGGCAUCUUGCGCGCUGCGAGAUGAAGACUUUUUUCACGACCGGCGAGUGCUACGUGCAGAAGCUAGCCGUCGCGACAGAAGGUUUACCUUGCUCGAAGCGCGGAGACGCAUUGCUGUCAGCCUCGCCGAUGAGCCCCAAGCAACUGGAACUGCUGAGGACCAGCAGGACAGCGACGAUGACGCUACACCAUUCACGCGUCGUAUGAAGCAAAGGAAGCGACAGAAGCAACUACUGAAGGCUGUGGCUCCAAAACAGAAGGCCCCCUUUCGACCACCGAGUCGCGAGCCUAGUCCUUUGCCAGCCCUGCCGGAUUAUGCAUCGUUCCGCCAACGACACUUGCGCUACUAUGACAGCAUCCGCCACACGGUAAUUAUCUGUCAGACCAGACAGGACUUCACAUUCUGGUACUGA